UCUCUGAUCCGGCCGCACCUUCCAGUCGUGUACGUAGUAAGCGUGGUCUGGAUACCAACAGCAGCAUCCGAUAUCUUCCGAUUUCAGUCGGAAAUUAGAAAUCGCGGAGGAAUGAGAUAGCGAUUUGGAUUCUGGAAGGAAGAGAAGAUGUUGGAGGAUCAGGUGGCGAACCUCCUCCAGAGGUACUUGGGGAACUACGUCAGGGGGCUCAACAAGGAGGCCCUCAAGAUCAGCGUCUGGCAGGGUGAUGUGGAGCUAAAAAAUAUGCAGUUGAAGCCCGAGGCACUCAAUGCACUAAAAUUACCAGUGAAGGUUAAGGCAGGAUUUCUUGGAUCAGUGAAACUUAAGGUUCCAUGGAGCAGGCUUGGCCAGGAUCCAGUUUUAGUUUCUUUGGACCGCAUCUUUCUAUUAGCUGAACCUGAAACUCAAGUUGAAGGAUCCAGUGAGGAUGCUGUACAGGAAGCUAAGAAAAACCGAAUUCGGGAAAUGGAAAUGAAGCUGUUAGAGAGGGCGCAGCAACUAAAGUCAGAAAUGAAUACAUCAUGGUUGGGAUCCCUGAUCAGUACAAUAAUUGGAAAUUUGAAACUUUCAAUAUCAAAUAUUCACAUCAGAUACGAGGAUUUUGAAAGCAAUCCGGGCCAUCCGUUUGCAGCAGGCAUAACCUUGGAAAGUCUUUCUGCUGUGACAGUUGAUAACAACGGAAUGGAAACAUUUGUCACUGGGGGUUCUCUAGACCGUAUACAGAAGUCUGUUCAACUUGAUCAGCUUGCACUUUAUUUGGAUUCUGAUACUGCUCCAUGGCAUGUUAACAAACCAUGGGAGGAUUUACUUCCAUCAGAGUGGGUCCAGGUUUUUAGAUUUGGAACUGAAUAUGGUAAACCAGCGAAUAGAUUAGCCAAAAGGCACACUUACAUACUGGAACCUGUGUCUGGAAAUGCCAAGUACUCAAAACUACGUCCAAAUGAAUUUGCUGAUAGCGGCCAGCCUUUACACAAAGCAGCAGUUAAUUUGGAUGAUGUGACUCUCUGCUUGCCAAAGGAUGGAUACAGGGAUGCGCUAAAGUUAGCAGAUAAUUUUGCUGCAUUUAAUCAGCGAUUGAAGUAUGCUCAUUAUCGUCCACACGUCUCUGUAAAAUCUGACCCUAGAUCUUGGUGGAAGUAUGCUUAUAGGGUUGUUGCUGACCAAAUGAAGAAGGCAAGUGGGAGAUUGUCCUGGGACCAUGUUCUGAAGUGUGCAAGCUUGCGUAAAAGAUAUAUCUCUCUAUAUGCUUCACUUCUUAGAUCUGAUCCUAGUCGGGUGGUAGUUGACGACAACCAAGAUAUCGAGGAGCUAGAUCGUGGGCUUGAUAUUGAACUCAUACUCCAGUGGAGGAUGUUGGCUCAUAAGUUUGUAGAGCAGUCAUUAGAGUCGGAUCUUGACUUGAGGAAACAGAAAGCAAAGAAAUCUUGGUGGUCGUUGGGAUGGGGGAGUCAGUCUGAGAUAGAUGAGAGCGAGCCAUUUAGUUUCAGUGAGGAAGACUGGAAGCAGUUAAAUAGCAUCAUUGGGUAUAAGGAAAGUGACGAUGGUCUCUCAGUUUUAAGUAAUGGCAAGGUGGAUGCCCUUCAGACAUCCUUGAGCAUUUGCAUGAAACAUAAUGCUACUAAGCUUAUUGAUGAGUCCCUGGAGUGUCUUGCUGAAUUAUCAUGUGAAGGCUUGGAUUGCUUUAUAAAGCUUUAUCCAGAGACAAAAGUUUUUGACAUGAAAUUAGGAUCAUACAAGUUAUCCACGCCAAGUGGUCUCCUUGCAGAGAGUGCGAGUACCUAUGAUUCUUUAGUUGGCACAUUCUGUUAUAGGCCUUUAAACAAAAAUGUGGACUGGAGCUUGGUUGCUAAAGCUUCUCCUUGUUAUGUGACGUAUCUAAAGGACGUAAUCGGUCAAAUUAUCAAAUUCUUUCGAAGUAAUACAGCUGUCAGUCAGAAAAUAGCAUUGGAAACUGCAGCUGCAGUGCAGAUGACAAUCAAUGGAGUCAAGCGCACAGCUCAGCAACAAGUGAAUAGAGCAUUGAAGGACCAUUCCAGGUUUUUGUUGGACCUGGAUAUUGCAGCCCCCAAGAUUACAAUUCCUACUGAUUUUUGUCCCGACAACAAGCAUCCAACAAAGCUCAUGCUUGACUUGGGAAAGUUGGUUAUUGGUACCAAGGAUAGCUGUGAAGAUGGAUCACAAGAGGAGCUAGAUUUGUAUCUGCAGUUUAAUUUAAUUUUAAGCGAUGUAUCUGCUUUUCUUGUUGAUGGUGACUACUGUUGGAGCCAAUCUCCUUCAAAGAAGUCUUCUAGUUCUGCCAACUCAAAUGGUGGUACAAAUGGUGUUAGUUUGUUGCCUUUGUUUGAUAAGUGCGGGGUCAAUGUAAACCUUCAACAGAUUAGAUUAGAGCGCCCAUCCUACCCGUCAACAAGAGUUGCUGUACGGCUGCCAUCAUUAGGGUUUCACUUCUCUCCAGCUAGGUAUCAUCGAUUGAUGCAAAUUGUUAAGAUGUUUGAGGAGGAGGAUAGUGAGGACUCAGAUCUUCUUUGCCCUUGGAAUGAGGCUGAUUUUGAGGGGUGGUUGUGUCUUCUUACACGGAAGGGUCUUGGAAAUAGGGAAGCAGUGUGGCAGCGGCGCUACCUAUGCUUAGUUGGGCCUUUCCUUUAUGUACUUGAGAGCCCUAGCUCGAAAUCGUACAAACAGUGUAUCAGCUUAAGUGGAAAACACAUAUAUCAGGUUCCUCCAGAGUCUGUUGGUGGUGCUGAUCUUGUAUUGGCUGUCUGUGAUGCUGCACGAGCAAAUACCAAAGUGGUGGAGGAUGCAAAUGCACUAAUAUUACAAUGUGACUCCGAUGAUUCGAAGAAAACUUGGCAGAGCCGGUUGCAGGGGGCUGUCUAUCGUUCAUCGGGUUCUGCUCCUGUGACUAGUCUAACUGAAACUUCAUCGGAGUCUGAGGAUUCAGUAAUCGAGCUUAAUUCCAGUGAGGAUCUGGUUGAUAUAUCAAAAAUGGAGAGAGCAUUUAUUACUGGUGUUCUUGAUGAACUGAAGGUCUGCUUCAGUUGUAGUUGUCAGCAUGACCAGAAUUUUAUGAAAGUGCUCCUAACCGAAGAAAGGCGUUUAUUUGAAUUUCGAGCAAUAGGUGGCCAGGUUGAGCUAUCGGUUAGAGCAGGUGACAUGUUCAUCGGAACUGUUUUGAAAUCUUUGGAGAUUGAAGAUUUAGUUUCUGGUCACAGAAUGCCUCAGCCUUGCUAUCUGGCAAGAUCAUUUAUCGGCAAUGCAGAAACAAAUUUAACCCCUGGUGCCACCGGGAAUCAAAUUUUGGAUGGCAGUGAUGUUAUCCUGAAUGAAGGAGAUGAAUUUUACGAGGCACCAGAAAAUUUGGUUGACCCUGAAACUUUAUUGUUGAAAUCCCCUUGUUUUACCCGUAUUGCUGGUUUACUCCCUGGCAAUGGUCUUCAAGCAACUAAGAAGGACAUUGAACUCGAUGAUCCGUUGGAUAGUUUUGUGAAAGCUCAAAUAGUUAUCUAUGACCAAAAUUCUCCUCUGUACCAUAACAUAGACAUGCAGGUCUCGGUCACCCUGGCUACCCUAUCAUUUUUCUGUCGUCGACCAACAAUUCUUGCCAUCAUGGAAUUCGUUAAUGCUAUUACCAUUGAGGAUGAAAGCUGUGAAUCUUUCAGUGACAGUCCUUCAGCAGCUAUUGUGAAACAUGACAUCUCCAGAGAUGAUGCAGUUGAUGAUCCACGAUCAGUGACCAUCAGUGAGCCAUCUAUUAAAGGGUUGCUGGGAAAGGGGAAGUCCAGGGUCGUUUUUAAUUUAACAUUAAAUAUGGCUCGCGCUCAAAUUAUAUUAAUGAAUGAAGAUGAAAGCAAGCUUGCUGUUUUAUCACAAGAUAAUUUGGUUACCGAUAUUAAGGUAUUUCCAUCCUCUUUUAGUAUUAAGGCAGCCCUUGGAAAUCUUAGAAUAAGUGAUGAGAGUCUUCCUAGCAGCCAUAUGUAUUUCUGGGCAUGCGACAUGAGAAAUCCAGGAGGCAGUUCAUUUGUUGAGUUGGUGCUUACUUCAUUCAGUGUUGACGAGGAAGAUUAUGAAGGUUAUGAGUUUAGCCUUUAUGGGCAGCUUUCAGAAGUACGCAUUGUUUAUUUGAAUAGGUUUAUCCAGGAGGUGGCUAGUUACUUCAUGGGUCUUGUUCCCAACAAUUCAAAAGGUUUUGUCAAGCUAAAAGAUCAAGUCACAAAUUCAGAGAAAUUGUUUACAACUAGUGAUUUUGAGGGAUCACCUGCACUGAAGUUGGAUGUAUCUCUUAGGAAGCCUAUUAUUUUGAUGCCUCGGAAAACCGACAGUCCUGACUACUUGAAGCUUGACAUUGUUCAUAUUACUGUCCGGAACACCUUUAAAUGGUUUGGUGGAAGUAGAAGUGAAAUUAAUGCUGUUCAUAUGGAAGUGUUAACGGUUCAGGUUGAGGACAUCAAUCUAAAUGUUGGCACUAAAGCAGAGUUGGGUGAAAGUAUAAUUCAAGAUGUGAAGGGAGUUUCCGUUGUGAUUCGAAGGUCACUUCGAGAUUUGCUGCAUCAAAUACCUAGUGUUGAGGUCGUAAUCAAGAUGGAGAAAUUGAAAGCAGCUUUGUCAAACAGAGAAUAUCAGAUUAUCACUGAUUGUGCACAGUCUAACAUUUCUGAAACUCCACAUAUUAUACCUCCACUGAACCAUGAGUCUAUGAUAUCAUCAGUUGAUGUUGAAGAACACGUCACUCCUCAGGACCCUGUUGGUGUCGAAUCUCGAAAUGCAAAUGAGGGAGCUUGGGUUAUGAUGAAAGUCUCUGUUGUUAUUGAUUUGGUUGAAUUGUGCUUGCAUACUGGAGUAGCAAGAGAUGCAUCUCUAGCCACUGUACAGAUCAGUGGUGCAUGGUUACUGUACAAAUCAAAUACACUAGGAGAAGGCUUCCUAUCAGCAACACUAAAGGGGUUUGCUGUGCUUGAUGAUCGUGAGGGUACUGAACCAGAGUUUAGGUUGGCAGUAGGAAAACCCGAAUGCGUUGGUUCAAGUCCCCUAGAUUUUGUGACUCAUGAUGGUGCUCAACAAAUCUCCAGUGCACAUGAUACGGAACUGAAUGAUUUGACAUUAGUACCUACGAUGCUCAUUCUUGAUGCAAAAUUUUCUCAGCUGUCAACAGUUGUUUCUUUAUGCAUCCAAAGGCCACAACUGCUUGUUGCACUUGACUUUCUGUUGGGUGUUGUUGAGUUUUUUGUUCCUACAAUCAGCAAUACUCUGUCAAGUGAAGAAGUAAAGAACUCCGUCCAUGGAAUGGAUGCAGUGAUUUUGGAUCAGUCAACUUACAAGCAACCCUCUUCUGAAUUCUCUCUUUCUUCUUUAAGACCUUUAAUAGCUGAUGAUGGAAGGCAUGAUCAUUUUGUUUAUGAUGGCAACGGUGGUACACUAUAUUUGAAAGAUAGGCAGGGAUUUAAUCUCUCCGGGCCUAGUACAGAGCCAAUAAUAUAUAUAGGAGACGGGAAGAGGUUGCAAUUCAGAAAUGUUGUCAUCAAGAAUGGGCUAUACCUAGAUUCAUGCGUUUCUAUGGGAUCCAACAGUAGCUAUUCAGCUUUGAAGGAAGAUCAGGUCUCCUUAGUGGGAGGGAACGAAGAUUCUAAUAUGAAUUCCUCAACAGAAGGUGUCAAUAAUGUGCCACCUCAAAGUAUUGUGGCCGACAGGUCGACAGAGAUUGUUAUUGAGUUGCAGUUGGUUGGCCCAGAGCUGACAUUCUAUAAUACUUCUGAAGAUGUUGGGGAAUCACUUGUGCUCUCUAACCAACUUUUGCAUGCACAGUUGGAUGGAUUCUGCAGGCUUGUUAUGAAGGGUGAUACCAUGGAGAUGAAUGCAAAUGUGCUUGGUUUAACUAUGGAGAGUAAUGGAAUCACAAUUCUGGAGCCUUUCGACACCUCUGUAAAAUAUUCAAAUGCUUCUGGAAAGACCAAUAUACAUCUAAGUGUUUCAGAUGUAUUUAUGAAUUUUUCAUUUAGCAUCCUCAGACUUUUUUUAGCAGUUGAAGAGGAUAUCUUGGCAUUUUUAAGGACAACAUCAAAGAAAAUGACAGUGGUUUGCUCGCAGUUUGACAAAAUUGGAACGAUACAAAAUCCCUACAGUGAUCAAAUAUAUGCUUUUUGGAGGCCUCGUGCACCUCCUGGUUUUGCAGUUCUUGGCGAUUAUCUGACACCAUUGGACAAGCCGCCUACAAAAGCAGUUCUUGCUGUAAAUACCAAUUUUGCUAGAGUCAAGAAGCCCCUGUCUUUUAAGCUGAUUUGGCCACCUUUACCUUCUGAGGGCUUGUCUGUUGAUAGCGUAAAUGAUUCUGAUUCAAUACCAAAUGAUGUCCUUUCUGACGGAGCUAAUUGUUCCAUUUGGUUUCCUGAAGCACCUAAUGGAUAUGUUGCAUUGGGUUGUGUCGUUUCCCCUGGAAGAACACAGCCACCACUGUCUUCUGCUUUUUGUAUCUUGGCUUCAUUAGUUUCUUCUUCUUCCUUAAGGGAUUGCAUUGCAAUCAGUACCAACAAUCCUUAUCAGUCAAAUUUAGCAUUCUGGCGUGUGGAUAAUUCUGUUGGCACCUUUUUGCCAGCAGCUCCAAAUACAUCUAGUGUAAUGGGUACAGCCUAUGAUUUGCGUCACAUGAUAUUUGGAUUUUCAGAAGCACCUGAGAAAUCAUCUAAACCUUUCGAUGUCCAAGAUACUUCUGCACAAAGUCAUGACGUCCAACCAGAAAGGUUGGCAACCGUAAACUCUAGGCGGCAUUACGAAGCUGUUGCUAGUUUCCAAUUGAUAUGGUGGAAUCAGGGAUCAAACUCAAGGAAGAAACUGUCUAUAUGGCGUCCAGUUGUCCCUCAGGGGAUGGUAUAUUUUGGUGAUAUUGCAAUCAACGGGUACGAGCCCCCAAAUACCUGCAUUGUUCUUCGUGAAACAGGAGGUGACGAGAUCUUCAAAGCCCCUCUUGAUUUCCAGCUUGUUGGGCAAGUUAAGAAACAAAGGGGAACGGAGAGUAUAUCUUUCUGGCUUCCUCAGGCUCCUCCAGGGUUUGUUUCCCUUGGUUGUAUUGCAUGCAAGGGAACACCAAAGCAAUCCGAUUUCAGCUCAUUAAGAUGCAUACGCAGUGAUAUGGUCACUGGAGAUCAAUUUUCGGACGAAAGUGUAUGGGAUACAUCUGAUGCCAAGCUUACAAGAGAUUCUUUUAGUAUCUGGUCAGCUGGAAAUGAGUUGGGGACCUUUAUAGUUCGCGGUGGGUUCAAAAAACCUCCAAGAAGGUUUGCUUUAAAGCUGGCCGAGUCAAGUGUACCAAGUGGUUCGGAUGAUACUGUAAUUGAUGCAGAAUUGAGAACUUUUUCUGCUGCACUGUUUGAUGACUAUAGUGGCUUGAUGGUUCCAUUGUUUAAUGUCUCUUUAAGUGGAAUUGCGUUCAGUUUGCAUGGAAGAACCGACUACUUGAAUUCUACUGUGAGCUUCUCUUUGGCUGCUAGAUCAUAUAAUGAUAAGUAUGAAGUUUGGGAGCCUCUCAUUGAGCCAGUAGAUGGUUUCUUACGGUACCAAUAUGAUCCGAGUGCUACAACUACAGCGUCCCAGUUACGCCUUACCUCUACAAGGGAUCUGAACUUGAAUGUUUCUGUCUCUAAUGCUAAUAUGAUUAUUCAAGCUUAUGCAAGCUGGAACAGUCUUAUUCAUGUGCAUGAAUAUGAUAGAAAAAGAGAAGCAUCCUCGCCAACAGAUGAUGGAAGAUCUGCUAUUGACGUUCAUCACAAGAGAAACUUCUAUAUAAUUCCACAAAACAAACUUGGUCAGGAUAUCUUUAUUCGAGCUACAGAAUUAAGGGGACUCGCAAACAUAAUUAAGAUGACUCCUGGGGAUAUGAGGCCCGUGAAAGUUCCUGUUUCCAAGAAUAUGCUGGACUCUCACUUGCAAGGAAAACAUUUCCGUAAAGUUAGAACAUUGGUUACUCUUAUCAUAGUGGACGGGCAGUUCCCACAGGUUGGAGGGUUAGCAUCCCCCCAGUAUACCAUAGCAAUUCGCCUUAGUCCUGAUGCGAACCUCCCUAGUGGAUCACUGAGCCAUCAGCAAAGUGCACGUACUUGCGGAAGCAGUUCAGAUCACUUGUCUUCAGAGCUUGAGUUGGUCAAGUGGAAUGAAAUUUUUUUCUUUAAAGUCGACGAUCCAGACUACUACUCGGUGGAAUUAAUUGUGACGGAGCUGGGGAAAGGGGUCCCUCUUGGAUUAUUUUCAGCCCCUUUAAAGCAGAUUGCAUGGAUCAUCCAUGAUAAUUCAUACCCAUAUGAUAGCGUGAACAAAUGGACCUGGGUUGAAUUGUCCUCAACAGAUUCUGCGGGAUAUAAUGGUGAAAAGUCCUGUGGAAAAAUCAGAUGUGCGGUGCUUUUGUCACCGAUAUCUGAAGCUGAGAUAAGUGAUCAUCAAACUGAUAACAGUGGCAGAAAAUCUGGUUUUAUUCAGAUCAGUCCAAGCAGGGAAGGGCCUUGGACUACAGUGAGGCUUAAUUAUGCUGCACCAGCUGCUUGUUGGCGGUUAGGGAAUGACGUUGUUGCUAGUGAAGUACAUGUGAACGAUGGCAAUCGAUAUGUGAAUAUUAGGUCUCUUGUUUCCGUAUGUAACAGUACGGAUUUUGUACUUGAUUUGUGCCUUGUAUCAAAAGUUUCCAUGGAAGACGCAACGUUAAAAAACAACGCCAGUACCCCUGAAGGUCCAGUACAUCUUAAGAAACUUCAAACCGAUGAGUUCUUUGAAACUGAAAAAUACAGCCCUGGUACUGGUUGGAUUUGCACCACGGUUCAACCAAGUCAAGAAAUCGUUGAAAGUGCAGGAUCUCAUCAGGGAGUUCCUGCAGUUGAGUUACCACUUGGCUGGGAAUGGUUUGAUGAUUGGCAUUUGGAUAUGGAAUCUGUUAACACUGCUGAUGGUUGGGUUUAUGCUCCAGAUGUUGAGAGUUUAAAAUGGCCCGAGUCAUUUGAUCCAUUAAGAUCUGGAAACUAUGCAAGGCAAAGGAGAUGGAUCAGGAAUAGAAAACAAAAUGAUACACAUCAGGAAAUAUAUAUUGGACUUUUGAAACCUGGAGAUACGGUAUCUCUUCCUCUAUCUGGGUUAGCACAACCUGGAAUGUAUGUAUUGCGUUUAAGGCCCUCUCUCCACAAUAGUAGUGAAUAUUCUUGGAGUUCAGUGGUGGAUGGGUCUGAACAAACAGAGGACUCUGGUAAGUCAAAAGUAUGCUCUGGGAUAAGUGUGUCUUCUCUCACUGAGUCAGAGGAACUGUUGUAUUGCACUCAGAUAAGUGGUAGUUCUUCAAGCGGUUCUCAUAAGUUGUGGUUUUGUAUGAGUGUACAAGCAACAGAAAUUGCCAAAGAUAUUCGUUCUGAUCCGAUCCAGGAUUGGACUCUUGUAAUCAAGUCCCCGCUAUCUAUCUCCAAUUUUCUUCCGCUUGCAGCUGAAUUUUCUGUUUUUGAGAUGCAAGAUAGUGGUAACUUUUUUGCCUGCUCUAGAGGGGUAUUCUUUCCAGGCAAAAGUGUCAAUGUUUAUAGUGCUGACAUAAGAAACCCUUUGUUCUUUUCACUGCUUCCACAAAGAGGGUGGCUGCCUAUAAAUGAAGCUGUUCUUUUUUCCCAUCCUCAUGAAGUUCCGCCAAAAACUAUAAGUUUGAGAAGUUCGAUAUCUGGAAGGAUUGUUCAAAUUGUUCUUGAACAGAAUUCUGACAAAGAACGGCCACUGCAAGCUAAGAUCAUUAGGCUCUAUGCUCCUUAUUGGUAUUCAAUUUCUAGGUGUCCCCCUCUCAAACUUAGGCUUUUAGAUAUCAAAGGAAAGAAACAUACACGAAAGGUUGGUAAUCCAUUUCACUCUAAAAAGGACAAUGAAACUGUCCUGGAGGAAAUAACUGAAGAGGAAAUAUAUGAAGGUCAUACAAUUGCUUCACCUUUGAAAUUUAAAUUGUUGGGCCUUGCGUUGUCCAUUGAUCAAUCUGGCAAGGAGCAGUUUGGACCUGCCAAAGAUCUUUCUCCCCUUGGUGACAUGGAUGGGUCUUUGGAUCUCUAUGCUUAUGAUAGUGAAGGCAAUUGUAUGCGGAUUUUUAUUACAACAAAACCAUGCCUAUAUCAAUCUGUUCCCACAAAGGUAAUUUCUAUCCGACCAUAUAUGACUUUUACCAAUAGACUUGGUCGGGAUAUAUCCAUUAAGUUAUGCAGUGAGGAUGAACCAAAGAUUCUUCGAGCAUCUGAUUCAAGGGUCUCGUUUGUACAUCGUGAGUCAGAAGGACAUGAUAAACUUCAGGUUCGUCUAGAAGAUACCGACUGGUCAUUCCCUGUUCAAAUUGUAAAGGAGGAUACCAUUUAUCUUGUUUUGAAGAAGCAUGAUGGUACUCGGAGAUUUUUGAGAACAGAGAUUCGGGGCUAUGAAGAAGGUUCGCGUUUCAUCGUUGUAUUCCGCCUCGGAUCAAACCGUGGUCCCAUCAGAAUUGAGAACAGGACAGUCAGCAAAACAAUUAGAAUUCGCCAGUCUGCUUUUGGUGAGGAUGCCUGGAUUCUCCUAGCGCCUCUUUCAACAACGAAUUUUUCUUGGGAAGACCCUUAUGGCCAAAAGAUCAUAGAAGCUGGGGUUGACGGUGCUAGCAAUGGGCCUUGGGAACUUGAUUUGGAAAGGACCGGGAUAUGUUGUGCAGAUGAGGGACUUGGAUUACAAUUUCAUGUUAUGGAAGUUGGUGAUAUCAAGGUAGCUAGGUUCACAGACACAACAACUUCGGGGACAAGUUUGGAUUUGCAAAUUGCUGGAAAUUGGGGGCAUUCUCAUAUGCAAAACACCAAUCAAAGUAAUAGUGCCUCCCCUGUUGAGCUUAUAAUUGAGUUUGGAGUUGUAGGGAUCUCUAUUGUUGACCAUAGACCAAAAGAGGUCUCCUACUUUUAUUUUGAGAGAGUCUUCGUAUCAUAUUCGACCGGUUAUGAUGGUGGUACAACAGCCAGGUUCAAGCUCAUACUGGGUCUUCUGCAGCUGGACAACCAGCUUCCUCUAACAUUGAUGCCAGUGCUGUUGGCUCCAGAAAUGAACUCUGACAUGCAUUACCCAGUGUUCAAAACGACUAUUACAAUGCGCAAGGAAAAUAGUGAUGGCGUACAGGUGUACCCUUAUGUUUAUAUACGGGUAACCGAUAAGUGUUGGAGGCUUAAUAUUCAUGAACCAAUAAUUUGGGCUUUGGUAGAUUUCUACAAUAAUCUACAGUUGGAUCGUUUGCCUAAAAGUUCUAGUGUCACAGAAGUUGAUCCAGAAAUACGCAUUGACCUAAUAGAUGUUUCAGAAGUUAGGCUGAAGGUGUCAUUGGAAACAGCACCAGCCCAAAGACCUCAUGGGGUUCUAGGAGUGUGGAGCCCCAUACUAUCAGCUGUCGGAAAUGCAUUCAAGAUUCAGGUGCAUUUGAGAAGGGUGAUGCACAAAGACAGAUUCAUGCGGAAGAGUUCCAUUGCUUCUGCCAUUGGUAACCGUAUUUGGAGAGAUCUGAUCCAUAAUCCUCUACAUUUGAUAUUUUCAGUCGAUGUACUUGGUAUGACAAGUUCAACAUUGGCUUCUCUUAGUAAUGGGUUUGCUGAGCUGUCGACGGAUGGACAAUUUCUGCAACUGCGUUCAAAGCAGGUGACGUCAAGGAGAAUAACUGGGGUGGGUGAUGGAAUUAUUCAAGGUACAGAAGCACUUGUGCAAGGUGUUGCCUUUGGGGUGUCUGGAGUGCUGAAAAAGCCUGUAGAGAGCGCAAGACAGAAUGGUGUUUUAGGACUAGUUCAUGGGCUUGGGCGUGCUUUUCUAGGAGUGAUAGUGCAACCAGUCAGUGGGGCAUUGGACUUCUUCUCAUUGACUGUUGAUGGAAUUGGAGCAAGUUGUUCCAAAUGCUUAGAAGUUUUCAAUAGCAAGACAACCUUCCAAAGAAUUAGAAAUCCCCGAGCAAUCCAUGCUGAUGCUGUACUUAGAGAGUAUUGUGAGAGAGAAGCUGUUGGGCAGAUGAUUUUAUACCUUGCAGAAGCACAUCGGCACUUUGGUUGUACUGAGCUAUUCAAGGAACCAUCAAAGUUUGCUUGGUCUGAUUAUUAUGAAGAUCAUUUUGUUGUGCCUUACCAACGGAUUGUUUUAGUGACAAAUAAGCGAGUCAUGCUGCUUCAGUGUUUGGCUCCAGACAAAAUGGAUAAGAAACCUUGCAAGAUCAUGUGGGAUGUACCUUGGGAAGAGCUCAUGGCUGUGGAGUUGGCAAAAGCAGGCUGCAAUCAACCAUCUCACUUGAUCCUCCACCUCAAAAAUUUUAGAAGAUCAGAAAAUUUUGUCCGGGUGAUAAAGUGCACUGUUGAAGAAAUUGAGGGAAAUGAACUCCAAGCUGUUAGGAUCUGUUCCGUAGUACGGAAGAUGUGGAAAGCAUCUCAGUCGGACAUGAACUGCCUAAUUCUGAAGGUUCCAUCAAGCCAGCGACAUGUGUAUUUUUCCGGGUCUGAAGCUGAUGGGAGAGAGCACCGUAUACCAAACAAGGCAAUUACUAGGCUGAGAGACAUCCCAUCAUACAAUUCUGCAUUGGAUGGUAAAUUUGUUAAACACAGUAUUAACUUUUCAAAGAUUUGGAGCAGCGAACAAGAAUCCAGAAGUCGAUGCACGUUGUGCAGAAAACAGGUUCCUGAAGAUGGUGUAAUAUGUAGCAUUUGGAGACCCAUCUGUCCAGACGGCUAUGUCUCGAUUGGUGAUAUUGCUCGCAUUGGCAGCCAUCCUCCAAACGUUGCUGCUGUUUAUCGCAAGAUUGACAGAUUGUUUGCACUUCCAGUUGGUUAUGACCUGGUAUGGAGGAACUGCACGGAUGACUAUGCAUCACCGGUAUCGAUUUGGCAUCCUCGGGCUCCAGAGGGAUAUGUGUCUCCCGGAUGCAUUGCUAUGGCUAGUUUUAUGGAGCCGGAACUUGACAAAGUGUGUUGCGUGUCCGAGUCACUUGCUGAAGAGACGGAAUUCGAAGCGCAAAAGGUGUGGUCUGCUCCAGAUUCUUACCCGUGGGCGUGUCACAUUUAUCAAGUCCAAAGCGACGCACUUCACUUUGUGGCUCUAAGGCAAACCAAGGAAGAAUCUGACUGGAAACCUAUGAGGAUUCUUGACGAUCCUCAGCCUCUUUUGCGAUCUCUAAAAGAGAACUGAAAUAUGUGUGUUUAUAUUGUAAAGACCUUUUCCAAAAAUUUUGUAGCUAGAAAAGGUCUCUCGUAUACGGUGUUACUGUAUAGCAUAUCGUCUGUCUUGUACAGUGUUACUGUACGGUACAUCGUCUCUCGUAUAGCGUUGGGUGCAAUUUGUAUCACGUUCAUCUCUCUGUAAACAAUUACCGGUUGAUGUCUCGCUCAAGGUGAUGAUGAAUCUCUCUCCUGGGAAGGGACCCGACUAUUGUAUGACACCACGAUUGGAUUCUGGUGGAGUCGAAUGAAAUUUUUUCACUUAAAUACCAGUCUGGAUUUUGGUUGCG